AGGCAGCCAUUUUGGAUCGGCUUAAAGGCGCCCUAGGCUCAUGGUCUGCUAGAAUCAGCACAGGCAAACUGCUCAGAAAGCCAGCAAGCGAUGGCUCCCAAAGCAGAGCCGAAGGCAGAAGCGAAGGCCAAGGCCAAGGCUAAGCCGAAGGCCAAGGCUGAACCGAAGGAUGAGGAGGAACAUAUCCCCAAGCCCGACAGAGAAGCCAUGGAAAAGAAGAUGGAGGACAUCACGAAGGCGAUCGAUGACCUGAAAGCGAAAAAGGAUAAGUUGAGUGAGAAAAUCAAGUCUGGUUCGGGCGUCAAGGACGAGUUUUUCAGGCAGAAGAGCGAGAUCUCCGCCAAGAUCGCGGGCUUCAAAGAGAAGAUCGACGCCCUCCAUGCCCAGAAGGACGAGCUGCAGAAGGGCGUGGCUGAGAAGAAGGGCGAGAAGACCCAGAUGGUGCAGGACAUGAAGAAGAUGAAAGCUUCCAUCGGCUACAAGACUGAGGAGGAGAUGGACAACAGGAUGCGCCAGAUUGAGUACCGGCUGCAGACGGAGACAAUCCCGCUGAAGGAGGAGAAGGAUCUUCUGAAAGAGAUCCAGGAGCUGAAACGCAACCGCCCGAAGGUGGCCCAGGUCAACAAGAUGGAGGAGGGCUUGAACAGCUUCGACGCUGGCGGUGGCGUCAAAGAAACGCUGUCAACGAUCAACGAGCAGAUCCGGAAUUGGAUGCAGGAGAAGGCCAAAGUGCUCGAGGAGAGGAAGAAGCUCGAAGAGGAAUACGACGGCAAGGUCGGCGAUAACAGCCUUUACGAGGAGCGCAACAAGCUCAACGAGAAGAUCAGGGAGAAGCAGGAGGAGAGGAACAAGGUCCGCGACGCCUUCCGCGAGGAGGAGAGGAAGUUCCGGGAGAUGCUGAACAAGAAGAAGCAGGAGCAGCAGGAGAGGUACGCUGCGGAGCGCGAGGCCAGGCAGAAGGAGUGGGAGGACCGGAACCGCCAGAAGAAGGUGGAGAAGCUGGACGAGCAGCCCUUCGUGACCGAGAUCACGCUGAUCGAGCAGACCAUCAAGUUCUGCAAGAGCCUGACGGGCGGCAAGGAGGUCGAGAAGGAGGAGGAGAAGAAGGACGUCGAGCACAAGAACAUGGACGGCCUGCAGGUUCUCAACAAGAAGGACGAGCGCGACGAGUUCUGGUUCGAGCCAACCAAAGCUAAGAAGAGCAAGGGCUCGUCGAAGCCGAAGGCCAAAGAGUCCAGCAAGCCGAUCAAGCACAAUGCGGUGACCUUCAAGCUCUUCGAUCAGCUGAAGCUCGAUGCGCCCAUCACGCUGGACGACAUCCCGCCAACGGUGGAGAAGCUCGAGGCGAUGCUGGUGAAGUACGAGGCGAAGGUCGCGGACUGGGAGAAGAACAAGGAGGAGCGGAAAGCCAAGAUCCUUGCGGGAGAAGACGUGGAGGACGAGAAGGAGGACAAGGCGGAGCCCAAGAAGGAGGAGAAGGAAGAGAAGGAAGAGGAAGAAAAGGCGGACGAGAAGGAGGAGUGAGUGAGCGGAAUGCUGCCCAGCUUGCAACACCGGACUUCUAGCGCACAGGCCCCCCUGCAACGCGCCGCGGCGACUUCUCCGCUCCUAGCGCCCGGGCGCAGAGAUUGGGCCGGCACCUCCUCCUUCCUUUCUGGCUCAUUCUCCGCCUCCCGUUCCCGUUUCUCGUCGCUGUCCUUCGGCGAGAAAACAAGCGACACCGUC